CCUCACCAUCGAGAUGAAGGAUGUCACCCAUGCUAAAGAGAUCCCCCUCCUUAGGUGAUAACAUAUCAACAGUUGGUGUUUUCCUAACUAACACCAUAAAGAAAGCCUGGUGUUCUUUGUUUUUCGAGUCAGUCACAACCAGUGACACGUUAUAUUCUCCAGCUACCUCGUAAGCAUAACUGAGAUUGGUCGCGUUUGCCGUCGAAUUGUUCCCAUCCCCAAAGUCCCACGUGAAGGACAACCCGUUCCCCUCAGGGUCAAAGGACCCGCUCCCAUCGAAAUUUAUUACCUGCCCCUUCCCCACCACUGUUGUUUUCUGCAAAGGUAAGACUUGCCCUGUGCCAAUGUUGCUUGCAGAUGAUGUGGGGAGCGAGGACGUUGUAUCCUUUCGUAUAUUCUCUUGCUCGUUUUCAAUCUUGAUUUUGGCUACCGGUGGUACCCCCAACACUCCUGUGUAUCGAAUUCGAAGAAUCGAGUUAUUGUUCCCAUACUUGAUCACAUAUAGUGCCUCGGUGUCCUUGUAGGGACCGAAGAACAUAUCGAUGAUGCGUGCCUCGUUAAUGUUCUCGCCUUCCUCGUGAAUUGAUUCGAAGACUUAUUUUGAAGAAGAAAAUCGCAUGUUGAGAAUCAAACAAGGACGACAUACCAGAGAAAUAUUUUACCGCCACUUGAUUCAAACAUACACACAGUGUACCUACAGGUUUCGUUGCUAUAUCCAGAAGUUGGGGGUGAACAACUUUCGCGACAUUCUGAUUCAGGAUCUUCGAUGAGGUUGUAGAUCUUGAGGAAAAUGAAGUCGAUGAAUAAAUAUUUAUAUUCAUCAGGCCAAAUUCCGUCCGGAACAAAAGUCGAUCCGGCUACGCACCCACCAUUUUCGUAAGAUUUGUGGACAUAGUAAUGGAAAGGGUCGAUCCGGUUCGAGUCAGGCGACGGCAGAGGACAAUCAUCGAUCGAAUCGGUGAUACAGGGACCCUCUAAAUUGGGCCAGCCGUAAUCCUUUUCCUUAUAAUCCGUCCCACCCCAGCUGAGUUCCUCAAAUAGCUGGGCCCCCACGUCACUAAUCGAGAAGAGGACCUUUUCACUGUUACUUCCUUUAUGGUUAAGAGCCAUACGAAUGGGAUUUCGGAAGCCCCAAGCGUAAAUUUCGCUGCAAAAGACAUUCUCACCGCCUUCUUUACUCGCAAAUAUUUCGGGAACUACACCAUCUGAUUUUCCACACGGGACGCCCAAUGUGGAGUUUCUCGCGUAUGGAUUGUCGUCUGGAACGCUCCCGUCGUCAUUGAGGCGGAGAAGGCUCCCGUGCAGAUUCUGUCGAUUCUGGGCGUGUUGUCUCACGCCACCGUCCCCCGUGGCCAGAUACAAAUAACCGUCAGUUCCGAACAUCAUGCCCCCCCCAUUGUGAACUCGCUCCCCGAGAACCCCGAAUUCCACCAGCAGUUGUUCGUUCUCCAGAAGGAGUGUAGUUGAAUUCAUUGUGUAUCUCACCAAAAUAUUCUGCGGUCCAAGCACCGGAUCUUCUAAACACCACUGACUCCAACGAGUGUAAUACAAAUAAACCCACCCAUUCUCCAAAAAGUUCGGAUGAGCAACAAUCGAUGUGAGUCCCCGUUCCCCAUCGAUGCAUAGCGUGCCCUCCCCGGACAAGUCCAAAAUCAAGUUGCUCUCCGUGUUGUCGUCGUUGUCAAUUUCGUCCUCUUUGUUGAUGUACUCAUCGUCGUCGGUAUCAAGAUUUUCGGGAUUCUCUAAUACGCGAACACGGCCUUUCUUUGAGAUCAAAAGCAUCAUGGGUCGAUGGUCCGUGCGGCGCAGAUUCGGAACGAAGAUUCCCGUGACGGCUUUUGUCCUGGGACUCACUAUUUCGCUGACGAAACCCUCCGGCAAGGCUUCCCCUGCGGACACUAACAUCAGCAAACAGAUCGUUACAAAUGCCAAAACCGAGAGCACCAUGCUUAGGGCUGUUCGCAUCAUUGAAGAGCUGUAACUUUCUUCUUCCUUUCUUGUCCCUCCCCAAUAGACUUGCAGCGAACUGCUGUCGUUCCUUUGGCCUUGAUCUCCUGGUGUUCCUAUCAAUCGAGCUUUUAUCAAUCCUCUACGGUACCUACGAGUACAAUGCCGGUACCUCUUCGAGUACCGUACAAUACUCGUUACUGCAUGCACCUCUGUCAUUGAUUCCUACGACUAUUGAAGUAUCACUCCUCCAUACAGUACGGUACUUUACUGUAUUUUUUUUCGUUCCACUCCUGUGCGGCGCGAGUACGUACGUACCGUACCGAAUCGUAAAUAUCGUAAAUUUGUCGGUUCGUAUGAACCGGAUAUCGGAAAUACUGCUCAUUUGUUGUGUACUCCGCUUCGUACCUACGAAUGAACGUACAAGUAGUACGGAACCUGGUCUGUAUUUACAUGAUUUCCCUCCUUGAUUUUCAAAGCAACGGAAAGUGCCAAUGUUCGCGCCAAACAAAGGACCGAACGAGCCGGGCGAUGUGAAGAAAAAAUGUAAGAGAAA